AUGCUCUUCAUUCGCUUUGCCCUCCUGGCUCUCCCCUUCAUCGGCUCCGCCUUGGCUACCCCCGUCGCCAAGUCUGAUGUUGUUCAGUUCGAGAAGAGGGAUGAUGUGCUUGAUGUCGUAAAGACUCUUCAGAGCACCAUCGCCGACCCCAUCUCCACCCUCAAGACUGACAAUGUCUCUGCGGACGACGCUCAGGCGGCACUCUCCUCCAUUCUUGACGCUAUCAACACUGCGUCCGCCGCCGUCCCUACCUCUACCACCACCGAGAAGCGUGCUCUCGAGGGGCUUACCGAGCUUGCCAAGCGUGACGACUUGAACGAUGUUGGCACCGUUCUUGCUCAAGUCAUUACAGACAUUGUGAACGCCGUAGAGGGUUUGGCCGAUGACCUCCAAAGCCUUCCUCUUAUCGGAGCUCUCAUCACCAGCAUUGACGGGGGCUUGCACACUCUCCUCUUGGGCGUCGAGAUUGUCCUGAAGGGUGUUAUCCAGAUCCUCCAGGGUUUGCUCUCUGGCCUUGGUAGCCUCCUUAGCAGCCUCGGUGCUGGCCUUCUUGCCGGCCUCAUCCUCGUUUAA